UUCAAAAUUUUCAAAUUUAAAUUUCAUUUCAUUUCCCAAAAUCUGCAUUUCAAAUUAAACAAAUAAAUACCAAUCUCUUUCACUUUCACUCAUUCUAGUUCGUAAACCAAACCCUAAUUCCCAAUUCCAAAGCCACUCUCUCUUCCAAUUUCCCUCUUUCAUUUCAAUUUCUUCACAACACCAUGCGAGAGAUCCUUCACAUUCAAGGUGGCCAAUGCGGUAACCAAAUCGGAGCCAAAUUCUGGGAAGUUGUUUGUGCCGAACAUGGAAUCGAUCCAACCGGACGUUAUGCUGGUGACUCUGAUCUUCAACUAGAAAGGAUCAAUGUUUACUACAACGAAGCUAGUUGUGGCCGGUAUGUUCCUAGAGCGGUUCUCAUGGAUCUUGAACCGGGUACUAUGGACAGUGUCCGCUCUGGACCGUACGGUCAGACCUUUAGACCGGAUAACUUUGUUUUUGGUCAGAGUGGUGCUGGUAAUAACUGGGCUAAGGGUCAUUAUACUGAAGGCGCUGAACUUAUUGAUUCUGUUCUUGAUGUUGUUCGUAAAGAAGCUGAAAACUGUGAUUGCUUGCAGGGAUUUCAAGUAUGUCAUUCACUUGGUGGAGGAACUGGAUCUGGAAUGGGUACACUUCUGAUUUCAAAGAUCAGGGAAGAAUACCCAGAUAGGAUGAUGCUUACUUUCUCAGUUUUCCCUUCUCCUAAGGUUUCUGACACCGUGGUUGAACCCUACAAUGCUACUCUAUCUGUUCACCAGCUUGUUGAAAAUGCAGAUGAAUGUAUGGUUCUUGAUAAUGAAGCUUUGUAUGAUAUUUGCUUCCGUACUCUGAAGCUCACCACCCCAAGCUUUGGUGAUCUUAACCAUUUGAUAUCAGCAACUAUGUCUGGUGUCACAUGUUGUUUGAGGUUCCCUGGUCAGCUUAAUUCCGAUCUUCGGAAGCUUGCUGUGAAUCUUAUUCCUUUCCCUCGGCUUCACUUUUUCAUGUUGGGGUUUGCACCUUUGACUUCGAGAGGUUCUCAGCAGUACAGGGCUUUGAGUGUACCAGAACUCACACAGCAAAUGUGGGAUGCAAAGAACAUGAUGUGCGCUGCUGACCCCAGACAUGGACGAUACCUCACUGCCUCAGCCAUUUUCAGAGGCAAAAUGAGCACUAAAGAAGUUGAUGAACAAAUGAUCAAUGUUCAAAACAAGAACUCAUCCUACUUUGUGGAAUGGAUUCCAAACAAUGUGAAGUCAACAGUAUGUGAUAUUCCACCUACAGGGUUGAAGAUGGCUUCAACAUUUAUCGGUAAUUCGACUUCAAUUCAGGAAAUGUUCCGAAGAGUGAGUGAGCAGUUUACUGCUAUGUUCAGGAGAAAGGCUUUCUUGCAUUGGUACACUGGGGAGGGAAUGGAUGAGAUGGAAUUCACAGAGGCUGAGAGUAACAUGAAUGAUCUUGUAUCUGAAUAUCAACAAUAUCAAGAUGCUACUGCUGAGGAGGAUGAGUAUGAAGAAGAAGAAGAAGAGGAACAGUAUCAGGAACAUGAUGAAUGAAAUGUGAACAUUUUGAUGUUUUUUGCAGUGGAUAACACAUAUGGUGCUGCAACUUCCUGUUGCCGGUUCAUAAUCCCUUUGUUGUAUGGGGAUACUUUUGUUCCGGCUGUAAUGUAUUUGUUUCUGGUUUUUAUUUGUGUUUCUAUGUAACAUGUUGGUAUUGAAAGACUAUAUUAUUGUUGAAACAACUAUAAUUACUUUUAAGCAUCAAUCUUUAAGGUCCAAAAGUUGAUUA